ACCCCUCAAACAAAGCGUUAGCUACUUUGCUUUUGUUUGAACUCGUCAAAUUUAACCCUUUCAAAUAUUCUUUCUCUCAUCAGCCCCUCCCUUCUAUAUAUCCGCCUCUCCAUUUAUUAUGAUCCGAAUUUACACAUUUCCACUUUUAUUAAUUUCUACUUAGCUGUAGAAAUUUAUACAAUGUCGUCAGCUCCCAACAUGGCCACGAUCACGGCUUCCCUCGAAAGAUCUCUCCAGAACUGCUCCAUAAACAACCACCACCAGAGGCCCGGCGCCAACGGUCAUGGACGAAGAAGCGGAAGCGCCGCUUCUUCGUUCAUGACUAAUAACGAACCAGAAUCCGCGGAAAAUCAAAAUCAGAGUCAUCGUGACUACGUCUAUUCUAAUUCGAAUAGUUUUUAUGCUCACCGCGACGACGACGCUGCCCUGGACCUCAAUUCCCAUCUCUCUCUUCCUUAUCAGUGGGAACAAUGCCUCGAUCUAAAGAGUGGGGAGAUAUAUUACAUAAACUGGAGGACUGGAAUGAAGGCUAAGGAGGAUCCGCGGACGAGUCACCGAGAAAUGAUUGGUGAUCAUCAUUAUGAUAACUACUACACUGAUGAAGAAGAGGACGAUGAUGAUGAUGAUGAAGAAGACGAAGAAGAAGAUGAUAGCAGCAGCAGCAGCUCGAGUGAAGUGUACUCACCACCGGAAGUAGAAGCAGUAUCGGAGUCAGCUUCUUGUUCGUCAUCAUCAUUAUUAUCGAGAGGCGAGGAGCUGAGGAAUAGUAAGGAUGAACGAAGCAGGCAAGUACUAGUGGUGGCAGGAUGCAAGGUGUGUUUGAUGUACUUCAUGGUCCCUAAACAGGCCCAGCUUUGCCCCAAAUGUACCUCUGCUCAACUUCUUCACUUUUAGUUUUAUUCAUUCACAUGUAUCAAACUCUACCUAGCUGGCUAGCUUCUGUUCAAUCCAUUUCUCUCCCCCUCCCCCUCUUGUUUCAUCAUUAAAUGUCAAUGCCUCCUUUUCCUGAUUGCUAUGUUUUAGAGGUUUCAUCUGGUCGUGUACGAAUUCAUGUUCAAUUUAAUGUCACUAUUAAUUACGCAAGAAUUAAUAGGACGAUGAUUAAUCGAUGCCUGUUCUUAUUAUUACUAUUAUUAUUGUUUCUCUCGUUCUUAA